UCCAUCCACCACAAGAUCCAGCCUAGCCGCGAUCAAUCAGUAGGUGCAGCUAGCUUGUUGUUGCGUGCGUGGAGCAGCCACGUGUUUGCUAAUGGCGAUCCUCGGCCCGGCCGUGGACCGGCAGCAGCAGCAGCAGCCGUCCACCUGCAACGCUCCAUCUUCGUCGGACUCGUGCAAAGAGGAGGAGGAGCUCAAGGGUGUGCGUCACCUGUGCGAGCGUGGCAUUACGGCCCUACCGCCACGCUACGUCCUCCCACCCUCCGACCGCCCGGCGCCGGCGGCUCCCCGCAGCAUACCCGUCAUCGACCUUGCUCGCCUCCGCUCAUCAGAGCGCGCCAGGGAACUGGCCGCGCUCGACGCCGCGUGCCGCGACCUGGGCUUCUUCCAGGUGGUCAACCACGGCGUGCAAAGCCAAGGGAUGCUGGACGUGGCGCGCCGCUUCUUCGCGCUGCCGCAGGAGGAGCGGGCGCGCCAUAUGUCGUCUGACAUCCGGGCGCCCGUAAGGUACGGGACCAGCUUCAACCAGCUCAACGACGGCGUGCUCUGCUGGCGGGAUUUCCUCAAGCUGCUCUGCAACCCGGCCAGGCUAGACGAGGUGGUGCCGUCCUGGCCAGACAACCCCGCUGACCUCAGGGAUGUGAUGUCGCCGUACGCUCGUGCGAACCAGAUGUUGUUCCGAGAGCUAAUCUCGGCGGCGCUAGAGGCGAUGGGGAUCAUUGGCAGCGGGGUCCUGAAGGAGCUCGAGAGCGGGACACAUAUGAUGAUGGUCAACUGUUUCCCGGCGUGCCCAGAGCCAGAGCUGACGCUAGGGAUGCCGCCGCACUCCGACUAUGGAUUCCUCACCCUCCUCCUCCAGGACCAGGUCAAUGGUCUCGAAGUCAGCGAUGGGGAAGACUGGCUCCUCGUCGACCCUCUGCCAGGCGCGCUCGUCGUCAACGUCGGCGAUCACCUCGAGAUAUUCAGCAAUGGGCGGUAUAAGAGCGUGUUGCACCGGGUGCGGGUGAACUCCACCCGGUCACGUAUCUCCGUGGCCUCACUCCACAGUCUUCCUACGGAGCGGGUAAUCGGGCCCGCGCCAGAGCUGCUUGCCGAAGGUACCCCGCGGCUGUACUUGGACACUGAUUUGGCUACCUUCCUCGACUACCUCUCCUCUGCUGAAGGGAAGCACAAGACCUUUCUCCAGUCUAGAAGGAUUACAUUUCCACCAUCGUAGUCGCUAUCAACACCACGACCACCACUACGAUCGUAUAGUCUUCACCAUUUGAGCUAUUAUAUGUAUUGAUCGGUCAAAUUGUACUAUUCACUCACCUCCAAUCAUUUAAUCAUAGCUAGUACAGGUACUUACGUAUAUCGGUCGAGAUCGAUCCCCUUAAUUAACUAGGUGAUUCCCCGCGCGUUGCGGUGGGAAAUUUUAGAAAAUAUACUUGAGUAGAGCUAAGGAUUGUAGACCUAAAGCAUUG